AUGGCGGGUUUCCGCCCGGGCCGAUCAGCGCUGGACUGUGUCAUCAACCUAGUCAGUCGGGUACAACAAGUCAAAGCAGAGGGAUUAUUGACUGCCGCUGUGUUCCUCGACGUAAAGAAAGCCUACGACAGUGUUUACCAUGCUGCCAUCCUUGACGCUCUUACUGCGGCUCAAGUUGGCGGCUGCCCUCUGCGAUGGAUACAAGACUUUUUAUCCGGUCGCUAUCUCUUCGUGCGCACCGCUGGUGGUGACACCACCAAGCACCACGUGACCCGUGGGGUCCCGCAGGGCAGUGUCCUUAGCCACAUCCUCUUUAAUCUUAUCAUGGCUUCCCUUACCCCGUUGAUCCCUGCUCACACGCCCAUCACAAUAUACGCCGACGACAUCCGCAUCUGGACUUCUGCAACCCGUCAAGAUACGAUCCAGCGCCGACUGCAAAGCUCUCUACAUGUGAUUACCACCUAUCUUGCCUCCCGUGGCCUAACAGUGUCACCGGCGAAGACUGUUGCAAUGGCGUUCUCGCGCAAGUGUUUCCGCAGAUGGUUACCACAAAGGCGGCUGCCUCAGUUCACGUCCUCAGACGUAUCGCUGGUGCGUCCUGGGGCCCGUCCUGCUCUGAUCUUCAUCGCAUCCAUCAGGCCCUCGUGUUGGGGACACUACGCUACAGCCUCCCUAUAUUGCAUGCCCCUCAGCCAAACACAGGAGCGCGAGCUACUUAACAUCCAAGCCCGCGGCCUUCGCAUUUGUCUGGGAGUACCACGAACAUCGGAGACUUAUGGCACUCUUGCUGAAGCACGGGAGACUCCUGUCCCUCUUCUGCGGGAUGCUGAUACACUUCGAGUAUAUUCUCGCUAUCUCACCAGUCACCCUCACCACUAUCUUUGCCAUAUUGACGAUGAAUGCCCUGACUCAGCUUUCGGCAAGACCAUCGCCCGCCUGAAGGAUCAUCUUCCUUCCUCCUCAACCACUCCCAAUUAUGCGCCAGCAAUGUGGACCCUUGCGCGUCCUGAUAUCUUCUCCACCAUCCCCGGUCUUCAGCGCAAGCGUGACACUCCCGCACCUGUAGCCCUCCAACUCGCUCUCCAUUUUUUGCACUCCACGUAUCAGAACCAUCGCCAGGUAUACACGGACGGCUCAGUCACGGCAGACAGCUCGGGUGCUGCAUUUUAUAUCCCUGAUAGUGACUUUCAGCAUGCCUAUGUCCUCCCAUACCCAAUGUCUUCUAUGGAAGCAGACCUCCUCGGCAUCCUCUCUGCUCUACAGCACCUGCUCGGUCUGCCGGCUGCACAGUGGGUUGUUCUGACUGACAGCAAGGCUUCACUGGAUUUGCUGCUCUCGUUUCGCCCCAGUGCCAUAUGCACUCUCAACACGCUCAUACUACAAGCUCUGACACAACUUGCGGCAACUGGCCAUUCUGUGACGCUUCAAUGGAUCCCGGGACACGUCGGCCUCCUUGGUAACACCCGCGCAGACACAAUAGCAAGAAACGCAACAUCUAACAGAGCUCUCCCUGCCACCCCUCUGCCCCUAACGAUCUCUGUCUGCUCUCUGCACAUUCGCCGGUGGCGUUGUGUCCGUACCCGGCAGUUCCGAGCGGACUCUACCUCAUAUCAUCAUUUCGUACGUCUCAUUGACCCCAUGCAGGACUUUACUAUUGCUUGCCGCUGCAAUAGAGCUGAAGAAUCACUCCUCCACCGUCUUCGAAUGAAUGUUGCACUCCUGUAUAAAAUGCGCCAGACGAACACCCUCAAUUGCACAACUUGUUGUGUGGAAGCCGACACCGAGCACUACCUCCUAUCCUGUAACCGGUACCUCUCAGAAAGACUCGUCCUCCAACGCCACUUGCGACAGCUUGGCUACCCUAACGUCACUUUGGCCACCGUGCUCGGCCCGGUCCUGCAAAAUUAG